AUGGAGAUAUUUCUUCGUUCUGUCCCUGUGCUUGAAGAAUUAUCCAUUGAUGCUACUGUAUGGAUCGUGUGUGAUGAAACCGUGUCAAGUGAAACCCUAAGGAAGCUAACUAUCUAUUCAUACGGUUUUGAAUACUUGUUGAGUCUGAAGAGCAUUUCUUUUGAUACUCCACGUCUGGUUUACUUUGACUAUUCUGAUUAUGUUGCGGAGGACUAUCCAAAAGUUAACUUGACAAAUGUAGUUGAGGCUCUACUCAACCUUAGAUUGACUGAAGACCAAUAUAGGCAAGCAAGAGCGGCAAGGGACGAUCAGGAUGAUGUUCUUCUCCGUUUUCGAAAUGUGUGGAAGCUCUUGAGUGGCUUAAGAGCUGUUCAGAAACUGUACUUAUCUUGCUAUACUCUCGAGGCGCUUUCUCUAUGCUGUGAAUCCAUACCAGUGUUCAACAACCUCAAAGUGUUACGUAUUAGCAGUUACAAGGACCAAGGCUGGCAAGCAAUGCCGGUUCUCUUAAUGAAUUGUCCACUUUUAGAAACACUAGUCCUUGAGGUAUAA